AUGCGAGGCCUGCUGGGCAGCAGCUGGAGGAAGUUUGGGCAUGCCGGCAGGGGCACCUACGAGUGGCUGACGAGCGAACCCAGCCUACCUCUUCAGGAAACCCAGCUGCAGGUCUGUACCUAUGACUUCUGCCUUUUCUUCCCCAAGUACGUCAGGUUUAAACCAACAAUGCCUGGCACCCAGCAGAUCAGCUCCGCCAAAGACGACGUGGAGCCCUUCCUGUGCAUCCUGCUCCCCGCCACCAUCGUGCUGUUCCUGGCCUUCCUGCUGCUCUUCCUGUACCGCCUCUGCAGGGCGCCCCGGGCCCAGGGCCAGGUCUUCACCAUCGACCUGGCCGAGCACCCGCCCGCGGGCGAGGAGACGGACUUCCUGCCGGGCCUGCCCUGGAGCGGGGAGCAGGACUUCCCCUACUCGCCCCUGCCCGCGGAGGCGGCCCCCCUGUCCGCGUGUCUGCCCCCCUCCUACGAGGAGGCCACCAGGAGCCCGCCUGGGGAGGAGGCCCCCGGCCUGGGCCUUCCGGAGGAACAGGGGCCACCUGGGCUGCAUGAGCCCAUAUGA